UUACUCGCGGUCAUCCCAGCCCGGGCCUUUUAUCUUGGCGCCGCCGGGGAGGCGGGAGGAGGAGACACCGGGGGUGGCCCUGAGUGCCGGCGACACCUUUUCGGGGCUCUAUAUAUUGAGCACCUGGGAUGGGUAGGGGGCCCACGCCACUACCGACGCCUGCAGCCACAGUCCGGCCACUGACCGCAGCCGCGCCCGCAGGCAGCCGCCGCCAGCUCCGGAAGCGCUGAGCUACCCAGCUGCGGGAGAUCUCGAGGCGCCAGGGGAGGUGGUUACCCCCGCCGCAUCUCUGCCCCGGUCCGGGCUCGACCCACCGGCCGUGCGCCGUCAUCGUGAUCUUCCGGACGCCGGAGCCAGAAGCCGCGCGUCCCGCGGGGCCCGGCUGCCGGAGAGCCGAGAGUGGGCGAGGGCGGAGGAGGAGCCGGGAAUCCCGCCGCACCGGCUGUAGCCAGGCCCCGGGCGCGGGCCUCCGAGAGCGCGUGAAGGCGGGCACUCCUCGGCCCGGUCGGCCAUCCCCGUGCCCUGUGCUCCGGUGCUCCGGCGCCCGUGUGGUCACCAUGAUGCAAAUCUGCGACACCUACAACCAGAAGCACUCGCUCUUCAACGCCAUGAACCGAUUCAUCGGCGCCGUGAACAACAUGGACCAGACGGUGAUGGUGCCCAGCCUGCUGCGCGACGUGCCCCUGGCCGAGCCCGGGCUGGACAACGACGUCGGGGUGGAGGUCGGCGGCAGUGGCGGCUGCCUGGAGGAGCGCACGCCUACGGCCCCCGGCCCAGGCAGCGGCACCGGCAGCUUUUUCGCGCCCUCCCGGGACAUGUACAGCCACUACGUGCUGCUCAAGUCCAUCCGCAACGACAUCGAGUGGGGGGUCCUGCACCAACCGCCACCGCCGGCGGGGAGCGAGGAAGGCAGCGCCUGGAAGUCCAAGGACAUCCUCGUGGACCUGAGCCACCUGGAGGGCGCGGACGCCGGCGAGGAGGACCUGGAAGAGCAGUUCCACUACCACCUGCGCGGGCUGCACACCGUGCUGUCCAAACUCACGCGCAAAGCCAACAUCCUCACCAACAGAUACAAGCAGGAGAUCGGCUUUGGCAACUGGGGCCACUGAGGGGGGACACCCGCGGCUGUCCAGCACCCCUCCGGGCCCCACCUCUCACCCUGUCUCUUUCUUCAAAGCUAUUUUCUUUCUGGCUGUAGGCGCGAUGGGCGGACUGCAAAGUCUGGGAGCUGCGUACACGCAGGGGGCGCAGGAGGGCUGCAUGGUGGUGGGGUAACUCAAGGCGAGGAAACCGGCGGCGGCAGAAGGGGGCUCAAGGACCUCCCGGAGGCGGGGCGGGGGCGAGAGACCUGCGUUCUAUGCUGGAAGGAAGGGGCCGGGCUCACGCCCUGCUUUCAGCCUGUGCCUUCCCUGGAGUUUCUUUUCUGUUCUCUGUGGCGGAGAAGGGCCGAGAAGGGGCCGUGCCAGGGCGCAACGCCGGGUUGCCACACUGGGGAGUGCCGCCCUGAGCUGGGCGCUGAGGGAGGCGGGGCGUGCAGCCUCCAGCCGCCCUGCCGUUGGGCUGGUGGAGGCCUCGGCGUUGCUAGGAUUGCAUCAGUUUUCCUGUUUGCACACUAUUCUUUUUUGUAACAGUGGCCCUGUCUUAAGUAUUUUGUACCUCCUCCUUGCUCUGAAACUUUGGCGAUUCCUUUGUGAUAAGCGCACAAGCAGCACUGUCUGUGGGUAACCGGUACUACUUUAUUAAUGAUUUUCUGUUACACUGUAUAGUUGUCCUGUGGCACCCUUACCCCAGCCCUUUCAUGCCCCCACCCAUGUGUGUAAAUCGGCACUGUGCCAGCUUGUAUGAAGCUUGCCACUCAGCCGUUGAAAAUAAUAGCAUUAUUAUGAGAAAGUGGACUUAUCCGAAAUGGAACCAACUGACAUUCUAUUCGUGUUGUACGUAGAAUGAUGAAGGGUUCCACUGUUGUUAUAUGUCUGAAAUUUAUUUAAAACUUUUUUAACCCAGAUGUAGACUAUAUUCUAAAAAAUAAAAAAGCAAAUGUGUUAAC